CAGGGACACGCCUCGGAGAUCAUUAAACAAAUCAGAUAAACGCAGCGUGAAAACCAUCAAUAGAAGUUAUUGAUGAGUUGGUAUAUAAGGCUAAUGAUUGGCUGAGGCUCUGUUUACAAAAGGUUAGCAACAAUAUGCUGUGAAACUUUUGCUGAGGGCUUUACAGCUGAGGCAAUGCCAGGAGAACAAACAGCGAGAACUUUUCUUUAAAAUCAUUUUUACUGCUGCUUUACUCGUUUUUUAGGACUCCAGUGGUGACUGAAAAAAAAAACAAAAAACAACAACAGCAACAACAACAACAAAACAAUUGCAAAUAACAGCUGGAAUAUUCUUCUCCCUUUGCAAAUUAGAAUGUCUGCUGUCUGUACUGCUGCUGCAAGAGUUUAUGAAGCAGAGAUUUUUGAGUGGAAAAUUUCUGAAGAGAGAAUUUUUAAGUAUUUAUAGCAUCUCUUGUGCAAGAAUGGUGGUUGUGACAAGAAGCCUAUUGAUGACCCAGUCAGUGAGAGAGCUGGUGCCAAGACAAUUCACCUCUCCACCGGCUACGCUCUCCAUCUGAAAGUCUUCCUCGGAGAAGCACAGCUGCUGCAGGCUGGGGAUGUGAUGGGGUGACUGCUGACAUCCCCCUUACCCAUCCCCUCUCUCACUUUAUUAACACUGUAUUAUAAACAAUGGAUCUGAAUUUCUCAACGGUUCGAGAUGGAAAGCAGUUCACACCAGAGAGAGACUCAUCUAAACGUGUUCUGACAGGAUGCUUUCUCUCCCUGCUCAUCUUCACCACGCUGCUAGGCAACACCCUUGUGUGCGCUGCCGUCACCAAGUUCCGACACCUGAGGUCGAAGGUCACCAAUUUCUUUGUCAUCUCGCUGGCCAUCUCGGACCUCCUGGUAGCUAUUUUGGUAAUGCCAUGGAAGGCAGCUACAGAGAUUGUAGGGUUUUGGCCAUUUGGUGCGUUCUGCAACGUCUGGGUGGCAUUUGACAUAAUGUGCUCCACUGCCUCCAUCUUGAACUUGUGUGUGAUUAGUGUUGAUCGUUACUGGGCCAUCUCAAGUCCAUUCCGCUAUGAACGCAAGAUGACCCCUAAAGUAGCGUGUCUGAUGAUCAGUGUGGCAUGGACCCUGUCCAUUCUAAUCUCCUUCAUUCCUGUUCAGCUUGAUUGGCACAAAGCUCAGACCACCAGCUAUGCGGAGCUAAAUGGAACCUACCCUGAUGAUUUGCCCCCUGACAACUGUGACUUCAGUCUUAACAGGACCUAUGCCAUCUCCUCUUCCCUUAUCAGCUUCUACAUCCCCGUGGCUAUUAUGCUUGUCACCUACACCAGGAUCUACCGCAUUGCCCAGACACAGAUACGGAGAAUAUCUGCUCUGGAGCGAGCAGCAGAGAGUGCCAAAAACCGUCACAGCAGCAUGGGAAAUACUUCAAACAUGGACAGUGAGAGCUCAUUUAAAAUGUCAUUCAAAAGAGAAACCAAAGUCUUAAAGACACUGUCAGUCAUUAUGGGUGUGUUUGUGUGCUGCUGGUUGCCCUUCUUCAUCCUUAACUGCAUGGUUCCAUUCUGUGAAACACAGUUGCCAGAUGGGUCCACAGAAUUCCCCUGUAUCAGCUCCACCACCUUUGAUGUGUUUGUGUGGUUUGGCUGGGCAAACUCUUCACUCAACCCAAUCAUCUAUGCCUUCAAUGCCGACUUCCGCAAGGCCUUCUCCAUCCUCCUGGGUUGCCAUCGGCUGUGCCCGGGGAGUAACGCCAUUGAGAUCGUCAGUAUUAACAACAAUAUGGGUGCCCCUACCUCGAACCCCAACUGUCAGUAUGAGCCCAAGAGUCACAUCCCAAAGGAAGGCAACAGUUCGGCCAGUUAUGUGAUUCCUCACAGCAUCCUGUGUCAGGAGGAGGAAUUACAGAAGAAAGAUGGAUGUGGAGGGGAGGUUGAGGUGGGCGUGGCAAACAAUGCCCUUGAGAAACACUCACCAGCCAUCUCUGGGAAUUUAGACAGCGAUGCUGAAGUCACACUGGAAAAGAUCAAUCCCAUAACACAGAAUGGACAGCAUAAAGCCGUGUCAUGUUGAGAAAAGGCAAAGGUGAAUUGAAAUACAGUGAGGCAUGUGCGUAUGCACACGGAAGAAACGAUUACACAGGAGGACAGCAAAAACAAAGGGACACCGAUGUCUAUAAGAACAAGAAACCAGUGACUGUGUUAUACGAGACCUUAAGACUGUCAAACCGAAAAAAAUCUACAUGGAAAAACCUACAGAAUGUUCUAAAGUAAAGGCACUUUAUAUUGGAUAUAACUAUCUGCAAAAUACGUUCAGCAUUUAUUGAUGACAUUGACAUAUUCGAUGAUAAAUGUUGAUAAUGUGAAUAUUAACAGCUGAAGACUACCUAUGUGCACAUGUAUACAUUUUUCUAGUCUUUGCAAAGAUGUAUACAUCUGCAUGUGUAUACUGUACAGUAAUGACACUAUUCUGGAGGGACUCAAACACAGUAUAUACAGUGGGAGAAAAUAUAGCAUUAGUAAAAUAUCUUGUAGGUAGGUGCUUUGUAUGUGUUUCAUGAAAGAGCAAACGGAGUGGGUAAAUUGGUUUUGCUACAGUAUUGUUAGUCAGUAUUGUUAUUGCAUUUUUUUUUCCCUGUAGUGCAUUUCUAAUUAUUGCAAAAGCAAAAUAGCUAUAGUCCAGUGGCAAUUUAUUUGAGGUAAAAAAAAAUACAGACACCAAAGAGACACUGUUCUCAUUCUAAUUGAAACCAACAACUGAGUUUGAUACCAUAAGACAAAUUGUCAAAAAUGCAAUUUUUAACAAAUCCUCCCACCUCUGCACCACCCACUAUUAUCCCAAUGAUCUGUAUUUGAGAGAGAAAGAGACAAGGAAAUGGAGAAAGUCUUUACUGUCCAUGUAUGGUGUUGUGAGCUGUCCACGGUCAACUGGGACUGACCGGGCUGGCUCACCUGAAGUUCCUUCCAUUUUCUUCUGCUUACUCUCUAUUUUCAUUGGCUUUGUCUCCACGCAGCCAUUCUUCAGCAAAACCUCUCUGGAGCCCUCCAGUUGCUUCUCCUAUCUGUUUUCCUGCUCUCCUCUCGUCAGUCAGCAAAUUCCUGUCCCCCUUCAUGCUGCCCUUAUUUCUUGAGUAAUACCAACCUCUCUCCUUCCUCCACUCUUCUCCCUGUCAGCAGAGUCCUUUACACCGGCACAAUAUCUAACUUUUAACUUUUUAAAAAAAAUUAUUAUUCUGCCUACAACCUCUGCACCAUCUUCUUUGGCAGCCCUCCAUUUUAGGUCCCUCCUCUGUCCAUUUAAAGUGGUGCUUGUGAUUCUAUUUUUGGCAAAUGCCAUCAGUCCAUAAUUAAAAAAAGAAUGUGAAUGACUAGACUAAAACUGCACUUGGACAGAAUAAGGAGAGCAGUAGCCGCAGAAUUCACUCAGCCAUAAGGCAAGUGACACUUACUAACCUUUUGUAAGCUUGCAGAUAUAUGAUUUUGUAAACUGCUCUUUCUGAGAGCCAAACUGUAGUGAACUGUGCUGUAGUUGUGAUGUGGAGCAUACAGAGUGACAGUGUCUCUGUUUGCAGUGGUGCCGUCUUCACACAGCUGAAAUUUUAAACUUUAAUUACUGUAAUGCUCAAUUUACAACUGUGACGGUUAGCCAAAAUCUUAUAAGACAGUUUUCAUUAGGGAAUGCUUCUGAUGUGCUGCCAUUCAUUUCCAGUUGUCAUGUUUGUGAACAGUUCUACAUUUUGCACCAGUUAGACUAUAGUGUCCAUUUUAGGGCUAAAUCAAUCUAAACUCCUUAGUUAGCCUUAGGUACAUUAAACGACAGCACUGGUCAUGCCAACUUAGCCUCUAAGUUGGCAUGGUUACUUCUAAUGUAACCAGGAUAUCCGGCUAGCACAUGACUGAUAUCCAUCCCAACACAUCCCCUUGCAAUGGCCAGUCAUUAUUAACCAAUGAAUUAUUAAUCAAAAGGUAAGUCAUCAAAAGAUGGCAGCCAAUGGUUUUGAGAUGGCAUUUUGGCAAAUGUAUUCGCUUCUUUGCGCUUCGCACGGACUGUUUACUGCAUGCAACCGCAGUCUGCUCAAAUGUGUUUGGUCAGCAGUACUUGGAAAGAGAAACCAGAUAGAUAUCUGCAUAUUCAUACACAGAUAUCUAUUUGCACACACUUUGCACUGAGUGUCCAUCGCAUGCAAUUUGUGUCCAUGAAGGCAUGAAACUGUUGCACAUCAGAGAAAGGAAGAGCCGAUCCAAUAGAAAGCAGUUGGUCUUGAAUGGAGCAUUUGAUUUUCCUGCUCUGGAAAAUCCAAUACUAUCUAGAUAGCAACAAAGGGGGACAGCUUUUAGUUCAAUAUGUGGCUUGGCUUGUGACACAAAAGCAACUCAGUGUCCUCUCUGCCUCUCCGUCACCUCCCACAUGUUGCUCCAUCACUUAAAAAAAAUUAGAUCUUUUUUUUAAUAAAGUGCAAAUCAGAUUAGAUAUCGUUUGGUAUGAAUUAAUUUAAUUUAAAAAUUGCUCAAGCUAUUUCAAGUGCCACAAUAUGCUGCCCCCCCGACUAUACUCUGCCCUCGCCUUUUACAGAUUAUCAGCCAUAUCAUUUUAGCAAUCCCCCAUUUUCACUUUUCACCAGCUCCUCUAAAUUCACUGCCAUAUUCAAAUAGAAGCCAACUCAAACAUGCAAUUAAACAUGAAGUGCACAUAAUCUGUCAGGAUUGGACAUGGGAAGAAACUGCCUUGGGGAAGAUCCCCCUCCCCCCUCCCAUUUACACACUCACCUCCUUUUUCUCCAUCUCUUUCUCUUUUCUCUUGGCUGCCUCUGUCGACUUUGUGAGUGCUCCCGACAUUAACACUGAUUGAAUUUAUUAUUAAAUAGGCAGUGUGGACUGUUUCCUGUCUCUAAUUCAAGUCAAAGUGCUGAAUUAAAACCCCACUUGCUGAUUUUAUUUAUUUAUUUGUUGAUUUUUGCCAAAAUUCUUAUUUCUGGCUGAAUGUGGUUGUACUGUAGCAUAUGCUGUGAUUUAUAAACUGAAAUUCAGGGUGGGUACGGGUACUCUUGAAUGAUACUGAGAUUAAUCUGUCAUUUCAUGCCACAUCAUUGAAUUCACACAUUUUACUAGAUGUUUUUUUUUUUUUUUGUUUGUUUGUUUUGUAUAUGCUGUAUGUAGACGUUUAUAGAAGCAUACCUCCAGCUGAGAGUUCAAAUUAUGGCUCCAUGUAAACCACCCCCUGAGCCUUCACCUUGUAAAUUUAGUGACUCAUCUUUUCAGCUGCCACUGCUUUGAUUUGGGAGGAGGGCGAUGUCAGGCAAAAGUCCCACAAGCAAAAUGUUUUGUUUGAUCUGGAGCAUUUCCUCUAGGCUGCCUUACAAGUUGCUUUGGGGAGCUUUAGUGACAGUACACGAUCUCUCAAUCAGUGUCGUUACAUGAUGCAAAUCUGACAGUACAGAAUCCCUUGUCCUCAUCCUCCUCCUCCAUCUCCUCCAAUGACUGGCCAAGCGAUGCAACAGACACAGGGCUGAACAACACUCUCAGGCCCUGGGACCGUGGAGCCAUUUUAAUGAUGAUGUCUCAGCUUAUUUAACUGUCUAGAGUAAUGACGGAGUCCCUACCUCAACCUCGAUUCAGUGACAGAGCUUCAUGUAAAAAAAUUUCAGUGGCAGUAUUUUGGACAGGGGCGUGCAGGGAUUGAGUAUUGUACAAUGAUGUUCAAAAUGUAGUCGUGAUGAACACAAGUGCUUUUUAUCUUGAAAAAAAAAAUCCUUAAUGUGUGUAGCAAGCUUACAUGCUGUAUGUUUUCUCCAGUGUGGGAUUAUAAUUUACAGUAAGAUGCAAUGGUCACUGACUAUUUAUAUAUUUAUUUAUUUACAUGUUUCUGGUGUUCAUUCAUGAAAGUGAUGUCAAAGAUUAUAACCCUCAGAAUUAUUACAGUAUUUAGUUUACAGUUUGUACAGAAAAUGUGCCCUUCUUGUAAAAUAAACAUGUUUUUUUUUUU